UAUAAAAACAGUAAUCUAUUGGUUAUAGCCAUAAUACUUACAGUUAAUAUCCUACUGGAUAGUCUAUUGAAGGAGAGACGUAAUCCUGCGUCUAACGUCAUGACGCUAGACCCGAGAAGGGGCCAUGAAAGCAAACUGCUGUAAACACAGGGCGGCUGCGCCUUAAGAAGGACAAUAAACUGGACGCGGUGUCAAUGCCCUAACAAUGGAUGUAGCCGAUAUGGUUAUAAUCAAAUUGAUCUGUCUGCUGUGCUUCAUUAAAACUAAUCAAGGUUACUACGGCAACCCACUGAACAAGUACAUCCGACACUAUGAGGGCCUGUCCUACGACACUGAGGAGGUCCACAUGCAACACCAGCGGGCCAAGAGGGCUUUGGACCACGAGGACCGGGUUCUCCACCUCGACUUCCACGCACACGGAAGGCAUUUUAACCUGCGCAUGAAGAGGGACACCAAACUCUUCUCCCACAACUUCAAGGUGGAGAUGUCUGGAGAGGAGAUGGACUAUGACACCUCUCACAUCUACACAGGGGAGAUCUACGGUGAGGAAGGCAGCCUUAGCCAUGGCUCGGUUGUGGAUGGGAAGUUUGAGGGCUUCGUCACCACCCACCGCGGCACCUUCUACGUGGAGCCUGCAGAGAGGUACCUGCAGGACAAGAAUGUCCCCUUCCACUCAGUCAUCUACCACGAGGACGACAUCAAUUACCCCCAUAAGUACGGCCCUCAAGGCGGCUGUGCCGACCACAGCGUGUUCGACAGGAUGAAGAAGUACCAGAGCUCUGGGGCAGAUGAGCCCAUCAACGAGCAGAAUGAGCUGCUGGAGGCGGAGCCUGGUGAGGGGCCCGUGCUGUUAAGGAAGAGGAGGAUGGCCCAGCCAGAGAAGAACACCUGCCAGCUCUUCAUCCAGACAGACCACCUCUUCUACAAGUACUACAAGACCAGGGAGGCUGUCAUCGCACAGAUCUCCAGCCACGUGAAGGCCAUUGAUGCCAUCUACCAGGGCACCGACUUCAUGGGCAUCCGCAACAUCAGCUUCAUGGUCAAGAGGAUACGGAUCAACACCACUAGCGAUGAGCGGGACAAGUCCAACCCUUUCCGCUUCGCCAACAUCGGUGUGGAGAAGUUCCUUGAGCUGAACUCCGAGCAGAACCAUGACGACUACUGUCUGGCCUACGUCUUUACUGACCGUGAUUUCGACGACGGGGUACUCGGCCUGGCCUGGGUCGGAGCUCCCUCAGGCAGCUCGGGUGGGAUCUGUGAGAAGAGUAAGCUGUACUCUGAUGGGAAGAAGAAAUCUUUGAACACGGGCAUCAUAACGGUGCAGAACUACGCCUCCCACGUCCCCCCAAAGGUCUCCCAUAUCACCUUCGCCCACGAGGUCGGACACAACUUCGGCUCGCCGCAUGACUCGGGGUCGGAGUGCACGCCGGGGGAGUCGAAGAGCCAAGAGAAGAAGGAGAAGGGCAACUACAUCAUGUACGCGCGCGCCACCUCCGGAGACAAGUUCAACAACAACAAGUUCUCAGAGUGCAGCGUGCGCAACAUCAGCCAGGUGCUCGACAAGAAGAGGGGCAACUGCUUCGUGGAGUCUGGCCAGCCUAUCUGUGGAAACGGCCUUGUUGAACCAGGAGAGGAGUGUGACUGUGGCUAUAGUGACCAGUGUCGGGACCAGUGCUGCUAUGAUGCCAACCAGCCCGACAAUAAGAAAUGCAAACUGAAGGCUAAUAAAGUCUGCAGUCCGAGCCAGGGUCCGUGCUGUACUGCCGAGUGUACGUACAAGGGCCGUAAUGAGAAGUGCCGUGAGGAGUCCGAGUGUGCGCACCAGGGCAUGUGCAAUGGGGUUAGCGCCCAGUGCCCCACUUCCGAACCCAAAGCCAACUUCACCGCCUGCCACGGCGAGACGCAAGUCUGCCUCAAUGGGGGCUGUUCGGGCUCCAUCUGUGAGAAGUACGGACUGGAGGUCUGCACUUGUGCUAGUGUGGACGGCAAAGACGAGACUGAGCUGUGUCAUGUCUGCUGCAUGGAGAAGAUGAACCCAAGCACGUGCAGUAGUACGGGCUCGGAUCGCUGGGUGCGCUUCUUCAACCGCAAGGUCACGACCUUGCAGGCCGGGUCGCCCUGUAACGACUUCAAGGGCUACUGUGACGUGUUCAUGAAGUGCCGCCUGGUGGACGCUGAUGGGCCCCUCGCCCGACUCAAGAAGGCCAUCUUCAACCCCGAGCUCUACGAGAACAUCGCCGAGUGGAUAGUGGCGUACUGGUGGGCAGUUCUGCUGAUGGGCAUUGCUUUGAUCAUGCUGAUGGCCGGUUUCAUCAAGAUCUGCAGCGUCCACACUCCCAGCAGCAACCCCAAACUUCCCCCACCCAAACCACUGCCCGGUACGCUGAAGCGGCGCAGAGCCCAGCACGCCAGCCAGCAGCAGCACGCCCACCAGAACCAGCACGGCCACCAGAACCAGCACGGACAUCAGAACCAGCACCCCCGACAGAACCCGCGGCAGCCGCACGCCCACCCCCAGCGCCACCACCGCCAGCCACGCGAGAACUACCAGAUGGGACAGAUGCGUCGCUGACCCCCCGCAACCUCCUGACCUUUCACCUCCCACACACACCCCUCCUAGUGCCUGCAGUACAGGGGGAUGGACUUUCACUUCUCCAAAGAGCCACCACGUACCUACACACACACACACCCAAACAUACACACAUUCCCAGUAGCCAGACACACACACACACACACACACCCAUAAACGCACACUGGACAAGAGAAAUGACAAAUGCUGGGUUUACACAAGAACGUCAUACAAUAUGAAGAUGAGCCAAUCAUUGGCUGCUUCCUACACGCGCACACACACACACACACACACACAAUCAUGAGUUUAGAGGGGGUGGGUCUUGAUGCUGAUAUAUUACGUGCAUCAAGCCGUUCUGAAGGAUGUCUUAUAUUCUCUAUCUUAUGUCUCUACGAAUCUCUCUCCUCUCCUUUCAAUCGCUGUCACACCUCAUUCUCACUCGGAAUUCUUUCCAAAUGGCCUCUGUGAGAUGAGCUAGAGAUCUGUGUGGAGAGGGUGGGCAUGUGUGUGUGUGCUGUUGGCUGGUCAGCUGGGGAUGAAUGGGACCAUGUCUAGACCACCACCUCAGCGGUUUCGAGUGAGGUCGGCUGUUCUGUCUCUUAAUCACGUCUUCAAAUUUCCUCACAUUUCUCCAGAUCCAGUUCUUCUCCUCAGGCCACACCUGAGAAAGUUGAGACCUCUCUCCUCCUCUUUAGACCUCUCCUCCUCUCUCUCUCCUCUCUCUCUCUCUCUCUCUCUCUCUCUCUCUCUCUCUCUCUCUCCUCUUUUCCUCCUCU